AUGGCUGGGCAAGGCAAGGAUUCGCAUGCGAUCGUUGCCGACAAGGUUCACGCCAAGACGGGCUUUGGGGCGAUUUGGGCCGUUGUUGCGAAAUUGCUCAUUCGACUCAGGUACCUGGGUCUUUUCGGCUAUGCCCUUGAGUGGCUCUUGGAGGCCUGCCAUUCCAGCAGCAAGCUGCACACCAUGCUGCAUCGCAUCAACACCCCGAAGUUCCACCUGCUGGCCAUCACCAUGGUGUUGGCAGGUCAUGUAGCGGAGCACUUGCACCAGGAGGAGGAGAAUCACCACCAGGAGGCCCAUCUGGCAAGUUUGCGUGCUGAGCUCCAGAAGCUACGCCACAGCGACUAG